GUUUUUUUUCCAGGUGGAAAACUGGAAAUUUCUAGAUUUUCCUUCCAUCAUAUUUAUAUCAUAUUAUUAAUUGUUAUUAACAUCAAAAAAAUGGAAAAUUUCCUUUGUAGAGUUUGUCUGGCAGAUACUGGGGAAUUUCAGACAGUCUUCACAUCAGUUAAAAUAGAAAAUACCAACACUACGAUGCAUCUUUCGGAAAUGAUUUGUUCGUUUGCCCAUAUCCAGAUAACUCUAGGAGAUGGUUUACCAGAACAGAUUUGCCAAACUUGCGCAGAGGAAACUGUCCGAAUGUAUUUUUUUAAAGUACGUUGUGAAACAAGCGAUAACAUUUUGAGACAAAAACUAAUUGAAAACUCCAAUAAAUCAAUAAUCGACGUUGAAACUAAACCCCUUUUGGAUAAAAGUAUUUUAGAUGAAUUGGAACAAGGCUUCUCAAAUUAUGAGUCUAUUAGUGAUGCUGAUGAUAAUAAUGAGGACAAAUUAGACUUAUUUUAUGAAUGUAUUAAAGUUGAAAAACCAGGAAGAAUAAAAAGUUUCGAAUGUCCUAUUUGCUUGAAAAAAUUUACUAGAGAAGAUCUACUGUUGAGACACAAAAUAGCCCAUGCAAUAAAAAUGCAGGGUUUUGAAGAUGAACAGGACGAAUCUGAAAAUGAUGACAAAAAACAAGAGAUAACUGAAAAUAUUGGUGGUACAUUUUCUGUAGAUAAAACUGAAUCAAAUACGAUAAACUCAAAAACCCAAGAUGUCUUAACAGAUUUAAAAUGUAUUUUAUGCAACAUUACAGUUGAAAACGAAAAUUCUUUGUAUAAGCAUUUACACAAGGAACAUUUAAAUAUUUUAAAAGGGGAAAGUGGGGAAUAUUUAGUUUGCAAAUUGUGCCCAGUUGAAAUUAAAGACAUAAGGCAUUUCAUAAAGCACAUUAAAAGGAAACAUAAAAGGAAGAGAGGCAAUAGAAAAUAUUCAUGUCCUCAUUGUUUCAUGGAAUACAGAUAUAAAGGAAAUUUGAGGAACCAUUUGAGAUAUCAUAAGGGAAAAGAAUUAAUUAAAAAUAAUUCAGACACAGAAGAAAAGGAAUAUUCAUGUGAUCAUUGCAACAGAAUAUUUAAGGACCAAAAAGAUAUAACAAAUCAUUUAUGUAAAAUGAUGGUUGCUAAAGGGAUUGGGACCAAAAAGCCCCACAUUUGUGAAACUUGUUAUAAAACUUUUAACCAAAUAUCCAACUUGAAGGAUCAUUUAAGGACACACAAUGGAGAAAAGCCCUUUUUGUGUCCUACUUGUGGCAAAGGAUUCAAUCAAUUGGGUAAUCUGAGGCAGCACCAAGUAAGACACAGUGGCGUCAAAUCACAUGUAUGUACCACUUGUAAUCAUGGGUUCGCCAGCAAAGGAGAGUUACAUGCCCAUGUAAGAAAGCACACUGGAGCAAGGCCUUUUGUUUGUGAUGCCUGUGGUAAUGGUUUCACUACUUCUUCAUCAUUAACCAAACACAAAAGAAUCCAUUCAGGUGAAAAACCUUACGAAUGUGAUUAUUGUAAAAUGAAAUUUUCCAGAUCGGGCAUUUUGAGUCGCCACAGACGUAUUCAUACUGGCGAAAAACCGUACAUUUGUGAAAUUUGUGAAAAAGCCUUCACGCAAUCUAACGAUUUGAAUUCGCACCUGAGAAUACAUACUGGAGAAAAACCUUUUAAAUGUGACGAAUGCGGCCAGUCUUUUAGACAAAGUUCAGCUUUGAGGACCCACAAAAAAGUGCAUUUGCAACCGAAACCACCUAGACCAGCGGUGGCCAAAAAGCAAGAUGUUUUUGUGGAAGAUGAAGAAAAUUUAUUUGAAAAUGUUGCUAUUUAGAUUUCAAGUAGAAAUUUUGUGUGAUUUAUUUAUUUAUGUUAUGUUGCUUUAUGUUGUGUAAACUUUUUGAUGUUUCUUGUUAGGAUGUUUAAAACAAAGCAUAGCGAUUCAUGUAAACCAAUGUUUUUAACACUGUCUUGCUUGUUUUAAAUUCUAAGCUGUUUGUCUAGUCCAUAAAAAAUAUAAUCAAGGUACAAAAUACUAACUCUCAUUGCCUAUAUCAAAGUUAUAUAUAAAAUUAAAAACAUAUUCCCUUGCAAAUUGAAGUGACUCGAAAAUUUAAUGAAUAAGGGAUUUUAUUUUAUAUCUAUCAGUGAUUGGGUUUCUGCAUUUUACUAUUUAGUUGGCUGUUACUUUAUCAUCUUAUAAUAUAUUAUGUGUGAUUUAUAUUGAAUUUUGUGUUUGUCUUGUCUGCUACAAAGUAUUUAUUGUUUUAUUGUUGUCUUAUUUAUAUUAAUUUUUAAACUAAUCUUGAAACCUACUCAAAAUAUUUUAGUAAUAAGACCUGGACCCAAAUCCCGUACCCACAAUUCGAUAGUAUCAGCUAUAUAAAUUAGAUAGACGAUACUAUCAAAUCGUGGGUUUGGGAUCUGGGGGCAGCUUUGUCAAAGAGAAUUGUACGUACUUUCGACAAUAAAGUAUUUUUUGAUUUCAUA